ACUCUGAAUUGGGUUUUUCCCUAUUUCUAUGUAUGAAACUUUCCCAAGCAAAUAUCACUAUUUUUCCCAACUGGAAAGGCUUUGGCCCUUGAAAUCAAGACCUUUAAAGAAAACCUACACAAAGAUUGCAGUGAACUCUUACAUAAACACAUAUAUAUAUUUAUAUAUGUAUGUAUGUAUAUAAAUGGAGUGUUUUGAGAUCUACCGCCUGGUUCUGGUUGGGUGUUUCAUGUUUUGCUAUGUACCAGUAACAGUCAGGAAAUGAUUCAGUAGAGCGUGACCUCAUCCUUAAACUUCCAGGUGUCUCUCCUGACAUAAGAACUUCCUUCCAACUGUGGCUAAUUAGUUUUCCUUCUCAUCAUUCAGUUCGUGAAAAUGGAUAGGUUUAACAAGUCACUGGCUUAAAUUUUGGGAGUGCAUUUAUAACGGGCAUCUGUGUUGAGUGUCUGUAUACAGGUAGGGUGUUAUGGUGAUAAAGAUGAAUGCUAUCAGGUUACUUUACCUGUUGUCAAACAUUAUCACGUCAGGUGAAGAUGUUUUCUCGGAAAUUCUAUAUUCAUUCACAUCUGAUAUUUAAGUACCAAUAUAAAGAGCUGUCUAUUUGUCUUUACUUAUAAUCUUGGUGUUGAUAAUGCAGAAUUUAUAUCAUUACAUAGCUUAUAUUUAUAUAUUGUAAAAUUUCAGAUCAUGCGACUCCCCAAGGAGACAACUGAUUGGAUCUGACAGUAAGGGGGGAUAACUGAUUUGAUCUUUGGAUCUAUUAGUAGGGGUUGAUAACCGAUUGGAUCUGACAGGAAUGAGCGACAACUGGGGGAUAAAUGAUUGCAUCUUUUGGUCUGUUAGUAAGGGGAGAUAACUGAUUGCAUCUUUGGGUGUGUUGGUAAAGGGGGAUAACUGUUUGGAUCUGACAGCAAUGGGAGACAACAGAUUGGGUCUUUAGGUCUGUUAGUAAGGGGGAUAACUGAUUGGAUCUGACAGAAAGGGGAGACAGCUAAUUGAAUUUGACAGGAAGGGGAGACAACUGAUUGGAUUUGACAGGAAGGGGAGACAACUGAUUGGAUCUGACAGGAAGGGAGGACAAUUUUCAGCAUGGCAGGUGGACUAGCUGGAUCAGAUGUUAUGCGGUUCCAGAACAGCCUGGUGGACCUAAUGCUGAUGGUGGGGCUGGACGAAAACACUGGACUCAUACCAGAACAGAAAGGGAUGGAAUCCAAGAAGAUAAUGGACAGCUUGUUCGAGCUCAAGUUUCCACCUCAGGUGCUGUCGGCAGUGUCAUCCAAUACCAUGAUGCAUUUCUUCCCCCAUCCUCGACAGGACUUUGAUUAUCCACUUCAACAGUCUGAUUUGCAGCACCAGCUUCUGAAGUCCACCAAUGUCUACCAUACUAUGGAUGCCAUCCCUAAAAGCAAAUUUAACAAAGGCGUGCACCAGUCUCGGAUAGUGCAGAGGAGUACCUCGGUGGCUCCCGGAUCCAUCAGCAGGCACAUGGCCACCCGGCGGCCAUUCGGCCACAUAAAGAAAUCUGUGUAUGCUAGUACCCUGGCCAACAGUCAACAGUUCCCAAUCCCUGAUGAAGUCAUUAAAUCCAUCCAAUACUUCUGCUUCCCAGAUGAGCUCCAGAUUGUGGAUCACAAGGCUGAAACCCUGACUCACUUCCUAGUCCUGACUAAUAUCCAUGGCGACAAGACGUAUGCUACCUGCAUCACAUUCUAUAGACCUUAUAUAGUGGAAAAGGAGUUUGAUGGCAAUCUGGUUCUCCACCCAGACUCGUCAAGAAACAACUGGACAGACAAGUCCAAUAGAGUCCGCUGCUUCAUUCCACUGUGUUGUGUCCUCAUUUCCAAAUAUCCAUACUUCGAGACGAUGAAAGAAUCUCUGUCAUAUAUGGUGCACCUGAUUGAGACCAGGCCAGAUGACAUGUAUACAUACAUCAAGUUAUUCUCGCACAAACUGACCAUGACACCGACGCCGCCAGCAGGCAGAGUGGCCAUUGAAUACAGUAUACAGGAUGUGUCAUUCAUCAUAAGCCCCUCCCAGGAGGCGGAGAAACAAGUGAUUGACAUCCCUCUGUAUCUUCCUUUUCUGAUCUUCCCACCGGAUGAGAUCCUCCGGAUAAUAUCCGCCAUCCUCGUAGAGCAUCGCAUCGUGUUUGUUGCCUCAAAUUACGCCUUGCUCACCAUAGUCAUGGAGAGCUUCCUAAACUACAUUCUACCAUUUGAGUGGAAGUACACCUAUGUACCGAUACUGUCCAGCAAAUCUCUGGAAUUGUUGGAAGCCCCCGGAACAUUCAUGAUGGGCUGCCACUCUAAAUACAAAGAGGAAGUCACUCAGGUGGGAGGUCUAGUUAUGGUUGACAUAGACGAGGGCCUCCUGAGCAUUAACCCCGAGCAGGCAGACGACGCGCGAUCUACAAGGUCAGGCGAUAGUGACAGCAUCGAGGACCUGCUGGAUAUCCCAGAAAUCCCUGAGGGGGCGGCCAAUCUCUUCACUAAAGUUUGUCAGAAAGCCAAGUUCCAGUUUGACCUGGUGGAUGUGCAAAGACCUAGUUAUUUUGACCUGAAAAAAGAGCGGUCCUUCCGAAGAAGAAAAAUACAGACCCUUAAUGAUUUCAUUGUGUCUGGGUGUCUAGAACUUAUGGUCAAUUUGUUCAGGAGUGUGGUAACAGAAACACGAGUAGAAUUUAAAAGAUUCAACAAACAAGCCUAUCUGGAUUCAAAAUCAGGACCAGAAAAAAGCUUUUAUGAAAAAGUUCUGAAGACGAGUAUGUUUAAAAAGUUUCUGAAAGAUCGUAUCAAUGAUAAAACUGACUAUUGGGUCAAGCUGGAGGUGAAAACGAGGCCACAGGCCAAGAUGUCAGACAAUGGACCAACCGUUCCAAGCAGACGUCCACAGUUGAGGAAGCAAUCGUCCGUUGCUAUCACUCCUCAGAAGGCCAGUCCUUCCCAGAGUUCCCCAGUGUUCAGGAUGCCAGACAUUGGGGAUCGUGUGAUUGAUUACCUGAAAAACACAAUUACAUGUCUGACCACUGCUGUACAGAAAAGCCAGCACUUCCAGGAGCGAGCAUCCUACAUUUAUCUGCUGGGGAUGUGCUAUCUUGCCUGUAACAAACUGACUCUGGCUCUGGAGAACUUCAUUUCCCUGGCAGCCAUUGAUGCUCAGAUCUUACCAGAGCAAGUGGUCCAGCAAAUUUGUCAACAAAUGGCUGACUCGGAGGUACAGAAGCUGACCGACAGGCCUGAAUUUCAUGCCCUGCCUGACUUACUGAGUACUGUAACCACGGAAACCAUCCACCCCAGCCACAGGAAGUUCGAGGAGUCCAUUAACCUGCCAGAAAAAGAUCUCUACUUUGAUGAUUUUGUGGAGUGUGUAUCCGUAUUGGAGAUGACCAGUGAUACAGACACAAUAGGACGAUUAUUCCGAGCUCUCGUACCCACACAGAUCCACCAAAACUUCAUUGACCAAGAGACGUUUGCCUCCUUCAUGCACUGCUGGAAGGAAAAUAACAAGCAAUGUCUCAGUCUGGGAAUCAGCGACGAAGAUCUGUUAGAAGCGGAGUGUGUCCUCAAGGUGUCCUCGCUGUGUAAAACAGACUACGGUACAGGGAGGGUCACCCUUACAGACCGGAGACUAUGCUUUGUGAAAGACAUUUCAACUGAGCUGAAGGAAAUUACACGGUUGAGCAAAAUUGCAGAACUUGAAAAGAAAACAAUGUAUUCUUUUCUGAAGCAGGUUAAAGUUCUAAGGAUCAAAAGCAAAGAGGGGUCUCGCUUCACAGCAUGGCUAAAAGAAGAGAGGGAUGAUUUUUGUUUGUUGAUAGAGGAAAUGUGGGCUGGUAAAAUUGUAUGUGAGUCUACCAAGGACAUCCAUGCUAUUCAGAAAGCAGCUCAGAAUGUGCUUCUGGUGGAUGCUGUUCUACAAAGUGGUCUCGAUGAGGAAACAGCUCACCAUGGCAACAGAGAGGAGGCAGCCAGGCAGCUGUGUUUCUACAAGAAAUACCGGGAGGAGGGUCACCACAAUGUUCCCACGGAAACCAAGGAAGUCCUACAGAAUCGCAUCGACCCAAAUUACGGGGAACGUGAGCGGAAGACAGUUCAUGCCCUGCUGUAUACGCCGGGAGUACCUGAGCACUCUAUAUCCCCCCGCUUGUGGGUGGGGCUGGGUGACGGGAAGAUUAAAGUAUACAAUGCUUCUCACUGGCUCCUGGAGUCCGAGUUUGUCCAGACCAAACAGAGUGUGAUCUAUGAUAAAGUAUGUCAAUCCAGCAGAAAAAAGUUAGAGACCCAUGGCUGUACGUGCCUGGUGGCGGUGGACAAAAAGCAUGUGUGGGCGGGGUCAUACGGCAUUUUUAUCAUCGAUAUUGAGACGAUCCGCAGCAACAAAACGCUGAUGGACCACCAAGAAAUCGUCAUGGAUAUUGUUUCCAUAGACAGUGGGAGGUAUGCUUUUACUGCCAGUAUAAAUGGCAUUAUCAUGAAGUGGGACGUUCAGAAAUUAACACAGGCCCAGCCUGCAAUCAGACUGGAAGAUGUCCGAGAUCUACGCAGCAUCAAAUACUAUCAGGGACACAUUUGGUGUGGAACCUGGCAGAGAAUCAUUAAGGUCAAUGACAGUGGACAGAUUUUACAGCAGCUAGAGUUUACAUUGGUGGAUCCAAAGUAUCGGCCGGUGGAGAUGGACUGCUUUCUUAUCCUGGAGGCAGAAUAUGCAGAUGAAAAAGAUGAGAUUUGGGCAGGUUGUAGGAGAGAAGGAGAGAUUUUGAUUUGGGAGGUUGAUAGUAAAGAGCCCUCACGAAGAAUCAGUAUAAAUUGUCGAGGGAUCAGCGACAUGGUCAUUCAGGACAGGAGGGUUUGGGCUGGAUCAAAAGAUGGCCAGAUCUAUAUCAUAAAUUCCGAAACAAAGAAACCUUUCCGGACUCUCCAGGCACAUGAUGACGCUGUCCGAUCUCUCUGUAAUGCGGAGAAUCGCUACAUCCUCAGUGGUUCAGGGAGUAGUGAUGGAAAGAUUGCUAUAUGGACCCCAAAUGAUACACGAACAGAGUCUGGGACUUAUCUAGGAAUUUGAAAUAUCCCACGAAACAAUUUCUUCAGAUUAUAUGCAUUAAGUGUAUUGGAUAAUUGUCAGUAAAUCAGUAUGGUCUGAAUAAUUUAAUAAGAGUGGAAUAAAUUCAGAAUUGAAUAUUUGCAGUGAAGAAUUUGAACAUCGCAUACUUGAAUUCUUUCACCUAGUUGCAUCUUUUAUGUAAAUGUACUGACCAAUAGGAAAGCUAACAUAUAAAUGUACUGACCAAUAGGAACAGAACAUAUAAAUGUACUGACCAAUAGGAAACAGAACAUAUAAAUGUACUGACCAAUAGGAAACAGAACAUAUAAUUGUACUGACCAAUAGGAAACAGAACAUAUAAAUGUGCUGACCAAUAGAAACAGAACGUAUAACUGUACUGACCAAUAAGGAAACAGAAUUUAUAAAUGUGCUGACCAAUAAGAAAACAGAACAUGAAGAAGUUACCCAUUGGUUGUAACUUAUGAAUAAUUGAAAUUUUUGUGGACUUCAUUUUUUCCAUGUUCAUGUAUAAACCAACGAAUAGUUCUUAUUGUUAUAUAUAGACUAUGCAAUGUACAGUCAUGGUAGUGAUAUUGAGAUGGUCUUUUGAAUAUUUCUUCAAUUUUGAAGCAUAUUUAGAAAAGAUUGACCAAAAUAACAUCCUGGAUAGAUUGUUACAAGUAUUGCACUAAUGAAAAAAAAAAAGGUUUCAUUCACCCAUUUAUUUGCACUAGUUGAUAAAAAAAAAUAUUAUACUCUGACACUUUAGUAUAUUAAUUCAUGAAUGUUAAUUAUUUAAAUCAUUUUGUAGUGUACUAGUUUAUCAUAUUAGUAUAUUAAUUUAUGUAUGUUAAUUAUUUAAAUCAUUUUGUGGUGUUCUAGUUUAUCAGAUUUAAUCCACAAAGAAAGAGAUACCUAUUUUCAUAUUCUUGUAGCAUCCAUUUUUAUAAUUUAACAAAUGUAUGUGGAAAUUUUCAGACUUGUUUCAUCUACCUUAUGUUCAGCGAUUUUUCCAUUGAAAAACAGGGUAUAUAUAUUUAGCAAGAGCUAAUUUUAGGGACUUUAGAAUUCCAGGAAAGGUAACUAUUAUCUACGAUAUAGAAUACAUUGUUAGUGAUAUUCAAUUUUUGCGACCUCAUCACUCUCGCUAAUAAUGCCAAAAUUAAAUCCUCACUAAAAAGUCUGCUUAUACAGUAUUUGCUAAAUGAAGUAAUUCAGUAUGGGGUUUUUUUAUUUGAAAAUGUAUAUUUCAUUCAUUAUUUGGAUAAUUUCUAGAGGCAGUAGUAUUUUGCUAUUUCUAGUCCGUACUAUUUUUUUUUAUAUACUACCUCAAACAAAAAGUAGAAAAUUAUGUCACAUGAUGUCCUGUACGUAGACGAUAGAUGUUGGAUAGCUGCCCUGUAUGGGCCUUACAAGUAACAGUUCCCCUCUCUGGGGACCUUUCACAACAUGGCUCUGGGAAAAAGAUAUAAGUCACAAUCUGAUCAUCACAGUGAUGGUCAAUUUCACCGCAAGCUGUAAUACUAGGAACAUUAAUGGGAACAUCUCAUCUAUUAUCUAUAUGAAUAUUUAAUGUGCCACAUUUAAACAUUUGAUAAUGCUAAAUACUCAUGCAUAUUCAUAUCAAAUUGAUAAGCAAUAACCACAUCUACAAAAAUGAGAAACUAGAUAACUGCAAUUAUAUAAGAAAGUCUGAUUUUUAUUGUCUUUUAAAAAGUUUGACUUUUCUUGUAUAUAACAAGAGCAUUCAUCACCAAGCAGACUUGAUUUGGUAAGUUACUAAGCUUGCUAGAGAAGGAGUGUUAUAUCAUACAUAUUAAAUAAAUGUGUUAUAUAUCAUAUAUUGAAUAAAUGUGUUAUAUAUCAUAUAAUUAUAUUGAAUAAAUGUGUUAUAUAUCAUAUAAUUACAUUGAAGAAAUGUGUUAUAGAAACAUGUUAUAUAUUUAGGAAAUGUUUAAUAUUCAUGUAUUGAAGAAAUACAUAUAUUCAUAUAUUGAAGUUUUUGUUUAUAAGACGUAUCUUUCAUCAAAGGUAAAAUCAUUCCAUAUUUCACUUGUUGUUACAGUAAACAUUGUGCUUUUUAAGGCUUUGACUUUUCUUGCAAGAUUUUCGUGUUAUCAUAUAUUUUAUUAACAUUUAUGUGCAUCUUAUCAGAAUAUGUAUGAAUUUUAUUAAGAUUUAUCAAUUUGAUUUAGAUGUACAUGUAUAUAGAUUUUACCUUGUUGUUGACUAGAUUUAUAGGAGAAUAAAGAUUGACUUUUAUUUUAUUUAUUCUUGGGUGGAAUUGUUAGAACUGUUGAGUGUUUUUAGAAGAUUUAACAUUUAACCUGACUACAAGGUCAUAUCCAAAAGAAACAUAAAUGUAUUGUUGCAUUUUAUUUUCCAUAUUUUUUAUCAUUUACAUUAACCUCAAAUGUACAACCAAAGAAAUCCAAAUAUGCAAUGUAUUACAAAUUAUUGGAAUAGUGUCAGGUGUUCAAAAUGAAAUCCACGUCGCCCAAUAUUUCACAGACUGGGAUUUUGACAAACCGCAUUGUAAUUUUUUUUAAUUGUAGUUAUAAAUGUACAAGGAUACAGUAUAUUGUAAAAUGCCAUUGAUUCUUAGUGAAAUUCUACCACAAUGUAUGAUAUCCAGAAGAACCUUAUGCAGGAUUUUGUGCAAGAAAAACACUACUUAAUUAAGAGUCUUACUUUCAUUUCAUGCAAGAGAAACACUACUUAAUAAGGAGUCUUACUUUCAUUUCAUGCAAGAGAAACACUACUUAAUAAGGAGUCUUACGUUCAUUUUGGGCAAGAGAAACACUACUUAAUAAGGAGUCUUACUUUCAUUUCAUGCAAGAGAAACACUACUUAAUAAGGAGUCUUACGUUCAUUUUGGGCAAGAGAAACACUACUUAAUAAGGAGUCUUACUUUCUUUUAUGCAAGAGAAACACUACUUUAUAAUUAAUUAAAAGGUGUGACUUUAAUUUUUUGAAACACUAUACGUAAUUAAGAGUCUGACUUUUCUGUCAUGAAUAUAUUAGGGUACUUGCUACAAAUAUUGGAUGUAUGGGUUGAUAAAUAGUUUUUUGGCUUAAUAUGGUCGUAAUUAGUACAACUAUCAAAUUCAUGGAAUGUUAGGAACUAAUCAUUGUGGUAUAUAUUGCUCUCCCUAUAUAACUCUACAAGGUUUUCCCACUUUAUUGGACAUCACUGAGAAAACAUGGUCAAAAAUUAAAUUGGACAUCACUGAGAAAACAUGGUCAAAUAUUAAAUUCCAUGUGUUGAAAUUUAUUCAAUUUACUUAUAUACAGAAAACUAAUAUCAAAUGUCAUCAGUUUUGAAAAAGAAGAGUUUGUUUGUAGCAAGCUGUUACCACUUUUCUAGGUUGUUUACAAUCACUUAUUUAACCAAAUUACAAAAUUUGUUUAUUUUUUUAUUUUUGUAUGUCAAUAUGUUUAUAUUGUAUAAUAUUACAUGUAUAUUAGGAAAAUAUCCUUUUAAUUUUCACAAAUUUGGAGGGGGGAUUCUGUGGUUGCUUUUUCCUUAGUAAAAAUCAUGACAUCACAAGUUAGAUUUGUGAAUGAUUGUUACAGAAUGAUUUUUAUGGACUGCAGUUUGGGAUGACACAACGAAGUGAUUGAUUUUUAUUGACAUUUUCUGUAUUUACACACCAAUCUGUGAUAACAAUUGUCUAUUAAUAUAUUUGUGAUUAAAAGUGUCUGAAAUCAAAUAAA